CAGAGUGAAAGAGGAGGAGGAUGUUACAGUAAAAGAAGAGGAGAAAGAGGAGGAGGAUGCAGUUUAUGGCGUGAAAGAGAAGGGGGAGAUGACUGUCACAUUGGAGGAAGAAGAGGAGGUUGGAGAUCUGUUUAACACCAGAGAGAUACGGGACUAUCGUGGAUCCUCUGGGGAGCCUCAACAACCUCAUGAUGCUGAAGAGGCAGAGAUGAGUCUCUCCAGAUCAGAACACCUCAAUAAACACCUGCAGAGAUCCACAGGGAAGAGACCUCACUGCUGCUCUGACUGUGGGAAGAGAUUCACCUCCUCAUCAGGCAUUAAAAUUCAUCAGAGAAUCCACACAGGAGAGAAACCUUAUAGCUGUGGUCAAUGUGGAAAGAGGUUUACUCAGUCAACAGGCCUGAUAUCACACCAGAGAAUACACACAGGAGAUAAACCUUAUUGCUGUGAUCAAUGUGCGAAGAGUUUUACUACAUCUAGCACUCUGACUUUACACCAGAGAAUACACACAGGAGAGAAACCUUAUAGCUGUGGUCAAUGUGGGAAGAAGUUUACUCAGUCAACCGGCCUGAUAUCACACCAGAGAAUACACACAGGAGAUAAAUCUUAUUGCUGUGAUCAAUGUGAGAAGAGUUUUACAACAUCUGUCUCUCUGACUUUACACCAGAGAAUACACACAGGAGAGAAACCUUAUAGCUGUGGUCAAUGUGGGAAAAGUUUUGGUCAAUCUGGCAAUCUGACAGUGCACCAGAGAAUACACACAGGAGAUAAACCUUAUAGCUGUGAUCAAUGUGGGAAGAGGUUUACCACAUCUGUCUCUCUGACAGUGCACCAGAGAAUACACACAGGAGAGAAAUCUUAUAGCUGUGGUCAAUGUGGGAAAAGUUUUGGUCAAUCUGGCAAUCUGACAGUGCACCAGAGAAUACACACAGGAGAGAAACCUUAUAGCUGUGAUCAAUGUGGGAAGAGUUUUACUACAUCUGGCUCUCUGACUUUACACCAGAGAAUACACACAGGAGAGAAACCUUAUAGCUGUGAUCAAUGUGGGAAAAGUUUUACUACAUCUGGCUCUCUGACUUUACACCAGAGAAUACACACAGGAGAGAAGUCUUAUAGCUGUGAUCAUUGUGGGAAGAGUUUUACUACAUCUGGCUCUCUGACAGUGCACCAGAGAACACACACAGGAGAGAAACUUCGUAACUUAUAACCGUUGUCAAUGUGGGAAGAGUUUUACUACAUCUAGCCAGCUGACUUCACACACAGGAGAGACAUCUCUUAACUAUAAUCAAUGUGGUAAG